AUGCUAAUAAUCGGCCUAACCGGCUCCAUCGCAACCGGCAAAUCAACCGUCUCCUCCCUCCUCUCCUCACCCCCCUACUCCCUCCCCAUAAUCGACGCCGACACCCUCGCCCGCCGCGUCGUCGAGCCAGGAACCGCCGGGUACAAAGCCAUCGUCGAGUAUUUCGGGCCUACGACACCGGAUCUCCUCCUUCCCGACAAAAAUGACAAUAACAACGGGGAAAGUAAAGGAGGCCCAUUGAACAGACCAGCCCUUGGCAGAAGGGUGUUCGGGGAUAGUCCCGAGCGGCGACGCGAUCGGGGCGUUCUGAACGGGAUUGUCCAUCCGGCUGUACGGUGGGAAAUAUACAAGGCGCUUUUGACGAAUUAUUUAUCGGGGAAGUGGGCUGUUGUUCUUGAUGUGCCGCUGCUUUUCGAGAGCGGGCUGGAUCUUCUCUGCGGGACGGUCGUCGUUGUUGGUGUUUCGGAUCCAGAGGUGCAGAUGGCGAGGCUUCGCGCGCGCGAUGCGCAUCUUUCCGCUGAGGAUGCAGAGAAUCGGGUGCGUAGCCAGGGCGAUGUUAAGGGGAAGGUUGCGAGGGCAGAAUCCCGAGGCGUGAGUAAUGCGCGCGGGGUGAUUGUUUGGAACGAUUCGGAUAAGGGGGCGCUGGAGGGAGAGGUGAAGAGGGCUAUGGAGAGAAUUGGGGGAAGUAGUCCGCGGUGGUGGGCUUGGGUGUUGUUGGUGAUGCCGCCGGUGGGAGUUGGGGUUGGGAUUUGGAAUAUUGUGGUGAAUUACUUGGGGAUGAGGAGGUGGGAGGGGAGGGUGAAGGAGGAGAAGGCUAAACUUUAG